GUGGGAUAUGGAUUAAACCCUUCUUCUUCCCAUUAUCUUACCAACACAGUUCUUCUUCUUCCCAGUUUAUUCGCCCAUGAAUCCACGAACUGUAGUGGUGGGAAUGAAUAUUCGAGAUGCUAAAUCACACGUAUUACCCACUAAUUCAGUUUCUAACCCAUUUCCUCCAUUUCCUAUCAUCAGUUUUUUUCCCCCCAAAUUUCUUCCUUAUAAAUUAGGGUUUGUUGGUGCAUUUUUUAUUGCACUCCGAUUUGAGUUCAUAAGCAAGUAGUGGUGCUGAAAAUGGUGAAGAAGAAAACGAAGGAGCUUCAAUUAAGGAGUUCAACACCUAAGAAAUUGGCUAGAACACCAUCAGAGCCAACCGUUACUCCGAGAAAAAGCCCAAGACUUAUUGCUAAAGCUACGCAAUAAUCUGAAUUCAAGUUCUAGAAAGGUAGUCCUAGAUUUUAGUGAUGAUCCCAAGCCAACACGGCCAACUUAAGCAAGUGUUGGUGACAAUUUACAUGUGGGAGGCAGUCAAGGCAUUAUUGAUCUCGAAAAUGACGAGGAACAAGCUCGUUGCUGGAAAAAAGCCUCAACAAAAGUCACUAAUUUAGAGGAAGCAUUUAAGGCAACACAGGAGUCACUAAUUUGGACCUGAUUUUUUUACAAAUGCACCUGAAGAGAAUAAUGGUCUUCAAGUGGUUAAUGGGUAUCCACUUGAUCAAUCUCUUGAAAUUCCUAAUGGGCCUCGACAGUGGUUUCACGACAGUGAAGAUAUUUUUGGUGAAGACUUGUUAGAUAAUGAAGAGUUAUUUCCUGAAGAUGCAUAGGUUGAACAAGUUGUAGAACCAAGUUUAGUUGAGGUGGGCACACAAUUUAUUGAUAAGUUGGCAUUUAAAAGACACCUCAGAGCUUACUGUGUGCAGCAUGGAACUCGGUAUAAGUUGAAGAAGAGUGACAACUUGAGAAUUAGAGCUGUAUGCAAGUUCGCUGGACCGCCUAUCAAUUGUCAAUGGUUUAUGUAUGCCAGAAAGCUUCCUAAUGAACCUCAAUUCAGCAUUAAGGGUUUCUGUUUGGAGCACACAUGUAUUGGAGACCCACUAGGGAGAAAUUCUUCGGCUAAUCCUGAAUUUGUUGCUCGAUGUGUUAUCGAGAAGUUGAAGACUUCAACUGCAUCUGUUUUACCUAAGCCUGCUGAGAUCGCAAAUGACUUUUGGACAAGCCACAAUACUCUAAUUCCAUAUCAUGUUGCUUGGAAAGCCAGAAACAUUGUGUUGGAGAAGAUCAACGGAAGCUAUGAUGAGAGUUAUAAACUUGUUCCAAGUUUGUGUGAGAUGAUUAAAAGGACUAACCCCGGCUCCGUAGCAAAAUUCACAUAUGGAAGGAAUGAUAAUUGCUUUGAUUCUGUUACGAUAUCCUUUGAUGCACCUAUGAGGGGUUUUAUAAAUGGGUGUAGACCAAUUGUAGGCUUGGAUGGCUGCCACCUCAAGGGAAAGUAUGGAGAGCCAUUUAUGCACCUGCAAUUGCACCUUUACUGGGUACUGAUGAUUGGGAAGAGGUAUGUUUUUAAAUUCUCUAUUUUACUCCCUUACAAAGUUUGUGCAUUAUUCAGUGUCUGUAAUAUGAGCUCUAGCUUUUCUGUUUUAGUCUAUUGUUCAUGUGCAUCAAUAGUCUCUGUUUAACAUAUAGUGUUCUUCUUUUUUAAAGCCAACCGUUGAGAUUAAUUCUCCGAUACUCAUGAGGAAACCAGGAAGGCCUAGAGUGAAUAGGAGGAGAAGCUACGAUGAACUACAAACUGAGAAGAAACCUAGGGCUUGUAGCAAGUGCAAGCAGACUGGGCACAACAAAACUACUUGUGCCGGCGGCGCAGUUGGUUCUAAUCCGAAGGCAAAGAGACUUAGAACUGAGGUAGAUGGUCAGACCUUCACAAGCAUUAACCAUGAUCGUGGUGAAAGCAGCAGUGGAAAACGUAAGAAGAAUGGCAACAACAACAUUAUUCUUGCCGAAUCUUCACAAGCAGGAGGAUCACAGCCAAAGACUAAAAAGGCUAAAUGAACUACUUAACUUCAGUAGUUGAUUAAUGGGAUUAAUGGGGAAAGGCUUUAUACCAUUAGUUUCAGUUUUUUAUUUUAGUAGGAAACUUGUGAGACUUUUGUUUGCUUUCAUGUUUUACUUGGUUUUCUUUUAAGCUUUCUAUUAGAGGGUCUUGAUGAGUUUUUUUUCCGCUUUUUCUCAAUCAAGUCCUCUUUUAGGAAUUGGGUUUUGUAUUUUUAUUAUCUCAUGACAGUAUAUUUAUAUUAAAACUACUUGUUUUAGAA